UGGAACUGUACAGACGAUAAAGAAAUUUCACGGUUCAUGGAUACGAACAACAAAGGAAAUGUUGGAUCUAAAAAGGCGGGCUCGUUUAAGGAGUUGGAAAAUUGAUUUGUGGAACUGAUCAAGAUAAUGCUAUCUGAGCACACAGCUUGUAGGUAUUGAUGUCCAUUCACUGUAUCUGCAAGUGGGGUCUGCUGCCAUUGCUCAAUAAAUAUCUGUUCAGGAGAUUUCACCAUGGAUGAACCUCCACUUAUGAUGUUCAACCAUCAACAUUUAUGUAUUCGAAGUUCUGUUUGUAUCUUUCAUUGAAGUGAGUUGAGUCUUCAGGAUGAGUUUUAUUAAUCCCAAUAAAGCAUGCAAUGGUCGCACACAUGAGAACGAGCAGGGUGGAAUAUGUGGUGUCAAUAAGUCAAACAAAGUGUUGCCAAUGAAACUUCAACAAAAGGAUAAACAGCAUCCACAACCUGCACAUAAGUCAGCUUGGGACCGAGCUCGAGAAAACUUUGAGCAGCAGAAUAAAACACAGAAGAGCUCCACUGUCAAAGCAUUCAUUGUUGAUGAAAAUGCAGAACGUGAUUACAACAGUCCAGGAUUAGCAAACUUUUUUAAAUCGAAAAAAUUUAAGAACCCCAAAUUUGAAAAGCUCUAUCAGCGGUACUUUUUCAACUUAAGUCAGAAUAACUUAAAAAUAUUGAUGGCUGUGUAUUCUGUCAUCUGCUUUGUGAUGGUUCUUUUCUACUAUCUAAAAGGACUAACGUUUCCAGUGAGGGGAAUAACUCUUGGGAUUAUUUUAACAGUGUUUAUCAUCUUAGAAAUCAUGAGCAACAGAAGUGCCAGCAAAGAGAAGCAACUAUUUGUUUUUAGUUACAUAGUUCUACUUCUUCAGUUUGGAAUCGUGAUAAUUAUCACUAUUGACAAUGAACCGAACGAUGCUAUCGAUGGAGUUUGGUGUGUCAUGUUUUUUGUGUACAUGAUUUACGCGCUAAUGCCGAUCAGAAUGCGUGUAGCCGUAGCAUCAGGCAUAGGUUUAUGCGUUGUGCAUACUAUUUGUGUUGCUGUUCUGAACAAGCACCUACCUUACUUUUGGAAGCAGGCACUAUCAAAUACUUUUCUCUUUGUUUGUGUCAACAUUGCUGGUAUUUUCACUCAUUAUCCAAGUGAAUGUGCCCAGCGACAGGCCUUUCUGGAAACCAGGCGGUGUAUUCAGGCUCGUAUAACUACACAGAAGGAAAAUGAAGAACAGGAGAGGCUUCUCUUAUCAUUGUUUCCAAGGCAUGUUGCCAUGGAAAUGAAGGCUGAUAUAGCAGGAAAACCAAAAGAUACCAUGUUCCACAAAAUCUAUAUUCAGAGGCAUGAUAAUGUCAGUAUUUUGUUUGCAGAUAUCUGUGGUUUCACCAAGUUGUCCUCCCAGUGUAGUGCACAGGAACUUGUACAGAUGCUAAAUGAACUGUUUGCACGGUUUGAUAAACUUGCUUCUGAAAACAGCUGUCUGAGGAUCAAGAUCUUGGGUGACUGCUACUACUGCGUGAGCGGUUUGCAGGAAGACCGACCAGACCACGCCUACUGUUGUGUGGAGAUGGGACUUGACAUGAUUGAUGCCAUUAAAUUGGUUCGAAUUAUGACGAAUGUAGAUGUGAACAUGCGAGUCGGUAUUCACAGUGGCCGUGUUCACUGUGGAGUGCUGGGAUUGAGAAAGUGGCAGUUUGAUGUGUGGUCCAAUGACGUAACACUGGCCAACAUGAUGGAGGCUGGAGGUAUUCCAGGGAGAGUCCACAUCACAGAAAAUACACUGAAUUACCUUGGUGACUCUUAUGAAGUGGAACCUGGACAUGGAGAUGAAAGAAAUGCAUUCCUGAAAGACCAUAACAUCAAGACUUUCCUCAUUAUUAAAAGUGAAGACUCGCGUAUUGAGGAGAGAGAAGUGGCUUUAUAUAAACACAUGCAGAAUGGAAAAUCCAGUAGUAAGCAAGGUCGUGAUGCUGCCAUGAAGCAAAGACUGGGCAUUGGAAAUGCAUUGGAAUACCGAAAUGUAGAUGAUGAGGUUGAUGAAUAUCUGGGCCGUGCCAUUGAUGCACGCAGCAUUGACCGGCUCCGAUCAGACUAUGUAAAGGGAUUUUUCUUAACUUUUCGCAAAAAAGACCUUGAAGAAAAGUACUGCCAAGUUCAUAACACGAUGUUCUCGUGUCAUCUAGCCAGUAUUUUGUUGGUGUACAUUUUUAUGUGUUGUGUCCAAAUUCCUAUCAUUCCAAGGACUGUGUUGAUGUUGGUUCUGUUUCCAGUAGGUUUGUUUAUCACCAUGAGCCUUUUCCUUUUGACUAUAUCUACAAUAUAUAAAUGCACCCCAAAGUGUUUGCCAAUAAUUGCUGCAAAGAUUGCUAUCAACCGAUCGCUGAACCAUCUCAUUGCUAUAUCUUCUGUACUUACACUCUUUUCUGCAGCUGUUGGACCAAUGCUAGCACUAAACGCGCCAAGUCUGGUUUCCUGUUUUACGAAGAAUUCAUCAUUAACUGUUCCCUCAGGCAUGUCUCGAGACACAAUCUUCACCGACUGCAACAGCGAUAUCCCAACCACCUUUUUCCCAGAGUACUUCACAUAUUGUGUGAUCAUAUCAAUGAUUUGUUCGGCUGUCUUUCUGCAAGCCAGCAGUGUGAUGAAGCUGAUGUUGCUGCUGUGUAUGACGUUCACGUAUCUGGUGAUAGCCGAACUGCCUUAUGUGAAUCUCUUUGAAAACCGAGACCUUCUUUUGUUGACAGACAAUGGAAAAGCCAUUUCAGCCCCGACAUCCAACAUCUCCAUGAAAUGGGAGCUGAUUUUCGUCCUCCUGGUAUUUGCAAUAAUUUUGUUCGUUCAUGCACAGCAAGUGGAGUCCACAGCGCGCCUCGAUUUCCUCUGGAAGGUUCAGGCUACAGAAGAGAUGGAAGAUAUGGAAAAUUUGCGUGCAUAUAACCGGAGAUUAGUAGCUAAUAUUUUGCCACCCUGUGUAGCUGAACACUUUAUGAAGAAGGGUGCCAAAGAGGAGCUUUACUACAAAGACUGCGAAGAUGCAUGUAUCAUGUUUGCAUCCAUUACCAACUUUUCCGAGUUUUAUGUGGAACUGGAAGCAAAUAAUGAAGGCGUGGAAUGUUUGCGUCUUCUUAAUGAGAUCAUUGCCGAUUUUGAUGAGAUACUGGGAGACGAUAAAUUUAGAUGUAUUGAGAAGAUCAAGACAAUUGGUCAGACCUAUAUGGCUGCUUCAGGGCUUGAUUCAGCAUCUGUAUUGCCAAACAGGCAACAUGUUUCUAUCCUUGCAGAUUUUGCUUUUGCCAUCAUGCACCAACUGGAUUGUGUGAAUGAUCAAUCAUUUAACAAUUUCAAAAUGAGAAUUGGAAUAAAUGUUGGUCCAGUGGUGUCGGGAGUCAUUGGUGCACAAAAGCCUCAUUAUGAUAUUUGGGGAAACAGUGUUAAUGUUGCAAGUCGUAUGGACAGCACUGGUUUACCAAAUAAAAUACAGGUCACCAAGGAUGUUUUUGACAUUUUAUCUCCCAAAGGUUACAUGUUGGAAUGCCGUGGCAUUGUAAAGGUCAAAGGUAAAGGUGAUAUGCUGACAUAUUAUCUACUAAGCCAGCCAGAUAAGGAUUCCUGACUACUGAGUAAAACAAAAUGUAUGCUGUUAUUCUUUGUGAGGCAGGCUCUGUGUGGCGUAAAUAAACCUAAAAUUGUUCAGGAGAUGGAAGAAACAUUUUUUAUUACACACUGAGCUACAUUUUUUACUUCUUUGUGACUAAGUUUGGAAAGUAAAUUCUUGGAUUGCUGACCCAGACUGCAAUGAAAGAGACAUUCCACAUAGAAGUUUAAACAAUUUUUUUUUAUAAAGUCUGUGUAUCAUUUUGAUGCACAAAAAAAAGACAGAAAAAAAGAGACUUAUUUUGUGUACAUUUUACUCAUUUUCAUGUUUUAAAGCUAUUGUGAUAGAUUGUAGUUUCAGGUUAAUGAUGACAAUUUUAGAAUAUACAUAUGUUAAAAAACCUUUAUUUGAAUUAACUGAUUGUUCUUAUGGUGCAGAUAUGUUUACUUGUAAAUUUAUGUAUGGUAUGCUUUCAUUGUUAACAUGUUAAAGCCUCUGACGGAGUGGAAUAUCAACAAAAACCAUGAGUUGAAUGUAUUUUACUCUUCAUUUUUAUUACUUUUCCAGCAUGUAUUAAACUUUUAUUGAUUUUUAAUAAGUUUUUAGGGCAGCUUAAAACCACCAAAAUUGACAUCCAAAUGUGUCUAUUAUUUUGUGUCUUAUGACGAAAAUACCUCGGUGAAAGUUAAACAAUAUAACAGAGUGAUUUCAUUGGUGCCAUGCUUUGACUCAAACAGGGCUUUAGAUCUCACUAAUUUUGGCGUAACAGGGUGUUUUUAUUAUUAGUUUUGAGCACAGCAAGGUCUUUUGAGUGUGCAAUAAUGUUAUUAACAGCUGCUGAAGAGUUGUGAUGUACAGAAAUACAUUUCAAGUUAUUUUAAUCUAAUUAAAGCUGAACAUUUCAGUUGUUCUGAGGUAAAAUGUUUAAAGGUCAGCAUGUUUGUACUUUAUUUGGGUGCAAUUAUUUUGGGCAUACAUAUUUUGGACGCCAUGUUUAACACCAUGAUUUUCGUGCAGUCUACAGAUCUGUUACAAUAUUACUGCUGCCUGCCUUUUAGAGUGGGUUUUAUCCAUCUGAAGUAUUUAAUUGUGGUAACAGUACUGAGUAUUAGUUAAUGUGAACAUUUAAAAGUCAUUAGCUUUUCACUUCUUGAUCGUCGUUUUUUUUUUAUAGUUUUAGUGUACUAAGUUUAAAUGGAUUUUAUUAGCAUUGUGCACAAUUGUGCUAUUUACAUUGUCAGUUAUAAGACUUUUGCAAAUGCACUUCUAAUCACUUGAACUUAGCAUUUCUUUCUUGACUGAUGUAGAGUGUCUCUAGAUAUCUGCAACAAAAUUAAUAUUGGCCCGGUCUCUCUAGCAAAAUAUGAUUUGUGAUGUCACAUCCAUAGAUAUUUCAUAAAACUUUAGUUGACCUAGGUAAUUAUACAGUGUAGCUGAAAUAAACAGGAAUAAUAGGUUUUUUCCUUAAACCUUUGAUGGAUUACAGAAUAAUAACAAGUUAAUAUCAGCUUUAUCCUGUUCUGGAUGAAUAAAAAAAAAAUCCAUUCUUCCUUUUAUAGGAUAAAGCCAAUAUACCAAAUGAUUAGCUAAAUAUUCUUUAUAUCUUAGGAAAUAAAAGGAAUUUUGAGCUAUUAUAAACAUUUUGAUGACUAGAAUCACUGAUAUUCUUUUCAAAAAGAACAUUUAAUAGAUAAUUUUAGUUGUUUAAAAAUGCUCUAUUGAACAGAAAGUUAAUUGCAAUGACCUAAAACUCCAUGCAGACUCUCUUUAAAUUUUUGUAUUUAGCUCAUUUUCUGAUAUGGUGUCGGGGGGUUGAAAUAGUCAUUAAUUUCUGCCAGAUUUAUUUUUAGUCUGGCAAGCAACAAAGUCUGCCAACCUGAAUCAAAACAUACAGGACCAUACAUGAUUGACUAAAAUUACCAUGUGAAUAAAAAGUAGAAUUAUUUCCGGUCCAAUGGGAUGACCGGCAAACAAAAAUAUCCCCUUGGAGAUGUUGACCCUUGGAGAUGCUGUCCUUUCGGGAUGGCAGUAUUUCAACUACUCCUGAGUAUGAAAAAGUGUAUUGUAGCAAUUUUCAUAAGCUAACUGACUUCCACCAAACCUUAUUAUGGUAGGUGAUUCUUUUAAUUUCACAAAUGUCUUGUUUCCUGUCUUCUAUGAGCCAACUGUAAAAUGUUCUGAUAUGUUUUGCUUUUAUCGUUGAAAAAUGUUAUUCAAUGGACUAAUGUCAUUGUAAUGAUUUAAAUAUUGUCACUCUCAUGGGUUCACAUAAAUGCAUAACUCUUGUCCUUUCAAUUGUUAACACAUUGUUGACCAUAUUCUAUGUUGUCAGAUUUGAUUUACAGUACUGUUGAUACUAUUUGCAUUUAUUUAUACAAAAUGAUAUUCGUUCUGUAUUUUGACUUGUUUGGCACCUCAUUUAAUGUUAAGCAUUCCACAUUCUGAAAUCCGGCCAUGUAUUUUUAUUUAUCCAAAAAUUGUAUUAUAUGAUAUACAUAUCAUUCAGGUUGUGAAUAUUUACACCUUAGAACAGCAUCAGAAGUCAUUUCGUUUUCUGUUCUUUGUUUUGUACUUUAAAAAUCUCAUAAAUAUACUUACAAGACUGAACUCUCAUGGUAAUCAUUGUAGUUUCGUAUUUGUAUAAAAUUUUAUCUUGAUCGCAAUUAAAGUUGGCAUGAUUGUUUGUUAUCCUAACGUAGUGUAUUAAUAUUUUAUAAUGUUAGGUCAUGCAUGACGGUGAAUUCUGUUUUUAAGAUUAUAGCCAAUUUCAGUGUUGUGCCUUGACAUAAUUAAAAGGUGAGACAUAGGUAUUACCUUUUCAACAAAGUCAAUUUUAGUGUCUUUCCUUGACAAAAAUGGAGAUUAUUAUACGAGCUUGUGUGUCGUACUGAUAUUAUGAAACACGUGUCAGGAUUUUUAGAUUGCCCGAGCAAGAGCAAGGUAAUACAUGAAUCAUGACACAAGUUUCGUAAAAGCAGUAUGACUCGCACACUAGUAAUAAUUUCUUUAUUAUCCAUAUUAUUUAUGGUAUUUUUUUAUGAAUAACAAGGACCAUCUCAAAAAUGUUUCAACCACAACUAGAAGGAGACGACAAAAUGACGUCAU